GCUGCCUUGGAAGCAUGGAGCUCCGGGGUGAGCGCGCGACCGGUCCUGGUGUUUCUUCGUCUUCUGUAGACUGCUCGCGGGUCACGGUGUCCAGGGAGCUGCUGACGGCGGGGAGCGAGGGUUCGGGAGGUAUCUGGGACCAGUUGCUUGUCAGCGCUAAGCCUCAUCCCAGAAAGACCUCUACUCUUCAAACGGUUCGGAUGCAGAGGAGCCCUUUGCUAGACCAGGUUCAGGCCUUCCUCCCUCGAAUGGCCCAGGCCAACGAGACAUUGCAGAGGGAAAUGGCAGCCGCUCCAGCUGGUCACUUCAACAUUGAAAACAUUGACGAGACGUCGGGAAACAUCAUACAGAUGGAUGUGGCCUUAUUUGAGAUGAAUCGGUCAGAUUCAAAAGAGGAUAGUCCAGAAGAGAGCUCACAGGACAGUUCUGGGGACAGCUCGGAGUCCGAAGAAGAUGACUGCAUUUCCUCUGAAGUCACCAUGGAGAACAUUAAGCUUCCGAAUGCAGAAGGUGGCAAAGGCAAGAUUGAAGUUUUGGACAGUCCGGCAAGUAAAAAAAAGAAGCAGUGAAAUUAACCACACGAAAGGAGCAGGUGCUCCCCACCUGGGCAUUGGGGGCAGGGCGGCCCGGUCUGAUUGGCUGCAGUCCUUAUGUGUCACAAAGAAAAACUAAUGAACCUAGGUGUAUUUUACAUAGAAAGUGCUCAGAGCUUUGCUGCAGAGAGGUAGUGCCCUUGGACACUGAGAAGGGAAAUAAGAAAUGACGAGAAUGGUUCAUGCAGAUGUUUGCUCUAGAGUGUGGGCUGUAACUGACUCGUCUGUGCUGAAAUCUAGUUAUUGGUUACAAGAUCCCCACUGCCAGUUUGGGGUUUUGGUAUGUUCUAUAUCAAGGCAGGUUGCAGUUUGUUAUGUACAAACUGGGUGCUAGAGACAAGCCCAGGAUGACAGCCCCCUGCCACUUAAGGUGUGAUGGUGCCUAUAUUCAGUUCAGGAAAACCCAAGCUGCCUUUUAAAGCUUUGUAAGGAAUUACAGUUGACAUCCUCUUAGAGCAGAUUGAUGUUUGCUCCUUCUGUGAAGAGAGUUUAGAAACACCUAUGUGCUAUAUCACUGUCUUGUAUGUGAGUGUGAAGUCAUGUAAAAUUGUCAUUUCAAAUUGUAAUGCUACUGACAGCCUGAAGAACGACUCCAGUUCAGUUAGUAAGCUGAGAGUGUGGAUGACCUGGUAGCUGUUUCACAGACUGACCAGUUUUAGAUGAUGAUCUCAGGGCUAGCAAGUGCCAGCGGUGGGAGGAUGAGGCUACUUGAGUAGAGGAACCGUGCCCCUGUGACUGAGGAGAUGAUAACAACCCUGUCGUUUAUCUGGUGGAUUGCCAUACCACGUGAUAAUCGUCCUUGCUGCCUCUGAGCCAGGGUCUCUGAUGGUCCCGGCAGCUUCUGCUCCACAGUCAUGCUGGGUUAGGGCAUCGGGCCGAGAUUACCAGUUUUCCCGCCCUCCAGCACUUACCACCCUCCGUACUGUCCUCCAUAGCCCUGAGCCCCUAGAGAGAAAAAGGUAUCCUGGUCACUUUUCCUCCUGAGAACAGAGCAGAGUGUUCAGGGCAUGCCUAACUACCUGACUGAAGAGAGUCUGCCACGUGUGCAGGUCAGAUCAUCAAGGGUUACAAUCCUUGCCUACCCAGUACAAGAAGAGAUUCCCCUCAGUGACUACAGUUGAUAGCUGCAGUAUGACCGAUCCCCAUAUUCAGAGGAUAAUUGUCUUUUUUAUUUCUGUGACGAGACACUUCAUGGCCAAGGCAAAUAGUAAAAGACAAGCAUUUAACUGCGGGCUUCCUUUCAGUGUGAGAGGGUGAGUCUGACACUCGAGGGAGUGUGGGGAUGGGCAGUGCACCGGGCAGAGCAAAGUAUGACACUGGGCCUGGCUGAGCUUUUGAAACCUCAGGAGUCUGUCCAUCUCUCUCCCCUUCCCCCUCCAGUGACAUACCUUUUCCAACAAGGCUCCUGUUCUUCCUAAACAGUCUGCCAACUAGGAACCAAACGUUCAAAUCUAUAAGGAGCAUUCUCAUUUAAACCGUCACAAUGUUUAAUUGGGUGCAUAUGUGUUUGGACAUAGGAUUUUUCUUUAGCCUGAGGUUGGAGGGGGCUAGACAGACAGUUGGAAGAUGGUUAACUGCCUGUGGAGAUUGAAGCACCACAGAACCUGCUGUUCCUGUGGGGCACACAGGUACUGGAGGACUUGGGAUCCUCAGCCAAAUGAGGCUGUAAGAGUUGGCUCCCCCUUGGGCCCGAACAGCAGCCUCUUGACACUGAAUGCUGUCUGCUGGGGGUUGGGGUAGUGCUUUCUGGUGUAAGCCCAGGUUGGAGCUCUGGUCUCCUGAAGUCAGCAUUUGGUGUCCUUAGCAGUAGGGGCUACCAUUUAGCUCUGGUACGCAUACAAGUAUAGUGACAGUAGUCACUUCUGGGAUCUCUCUCCCUGGCCAACAACUCAUAGGAAAGUAGACCACCACCCUGGGAUUGGAGUUUUUACUUAAUUAACAACCCUACAGUUGCUGGAAGCACUCUAUGCACAUGUAGUGAAACUUCAGCUGCCAUUUAAAUAUA